AAAAGACAGCAAAGGAGAGGUAAGUAGAAGAACGAACAGCAUAGUGGCAGCGCUGUGCCUUUAAAAGCGCCGGGCCCCUCCUCCACGGAGCAGAGCAGCACAGCCAAGUGAUGCUGGCAGGAUCCUGAGCCCCACGAUAAACUCUGGCAUCAGCUUCCCUUCAUCCGGCAGUCAACGAGGACACAGUGAGGGCGCCGGGGCAGAAAGACAGUUGGGGGGGGGACGGCGGGAGAGAGCUUGGAGAGAUCGAGAGAGGGAGAGGUGAGCUGGAAAGACAAAGAGGAGAAGCUGUCAUCGGGAGUGCUCAGGAUCCCACCUGCCUCCUGGUGUAAGCAGCGCUGAUGUGGAUGACGGCUGGUUUUCAGCAGUGGCAUGCUUAUCUGAAUGAUGGUAGCAGCCUCUGCAGCGGCGUCAAAAUCUGGAGCAGGACCUCUCUUCACUGCUGUUAGUCAUCUUCAGCCUCUUCAGAGUGCUAUCAGGGUCAUCCACCGCUCCCAUGCCUCCUCCUCUACCUCCUCCACAGCUUCAUCCUCCAGUUCUACUCCUCCUCUGAUGAGCCACAGCUUCAGAGUGAAAUAACCCUGCUGAUAGAAGCUGUCUCUGUCAAGGCAGUGCCCUGUGCGGUUGGCCAGCACACCCUGUGGCCGUGGCAUUGCCCCGUAUUCGUCGUGAAGCCGUCUACCCUGCUGCUCCACUGGAGCUCCUGGGUGAAGCUUGCACGGGAUUUAUCAGGUCCUGCCUAAUGGGAAAGAACUCGCCACCUCUCUGAAAAGACUCCACAUAGAAAACAUAUGCCACACGGAUAAGAAGUAAAAUAAUUAUCCAAUCACAGCACAAGGAGGCAGACCAGGUUCCCUUAGCAACAACUGAAGACGAGGAGAGAAUCCUCUUCUCUUUUUUCUGCCUUGUUGGAGCUUUUUUGGGGGGCGGGGGAGCACACCCUUGUGGACUGCUGUGGGUCAGUGUUCAUGAGAGAAGGGUGUUGCAUAAGACAAGCUGCCAACAAAAUUCCACAGGAAGGUGCUCACUCGCCGCCAACCUCCCAGCCGCUUGUACCGCUUCAGCUGCGCCGUGAUGUUUUGUUAUCCCUCCACAAAUUCUCAUCACAAGUGACGUUCCGCUGGCUUAGAAAUCAAUUAAUUCUGAUCCCACGCCAACUGGAAUAAGCCCAGCUUUGGGGGAGAUUGGACAAAUUAUGAAAAGACCCACACCCAUACACCUACGUUCUGCCUUUUCACGGACAAGCGAUAAAGGACAAGGCGAUUAAGUCUUCAUCUGCAAAGAAAACUGAUGCAAAGCCAAAUUUACUAUAAUGCGAGUUUCUAUUGAGGUUCCUUUUUGUUUUGUACACUUGUCCACACUGAGGAGCUUCAUUUCAGAGGCAGAUCUUACCUCUGCUGGACAUCAGUAAUGUAGAAAAUUAUAAUUUUUAAAAAGCGGGCUACUGCUGGAAGUUGCAUUUUUUUAAAACUUGUGUGAAAUAGGCUAUGCUAAGAGGUCAACGUAAGCCUUGCUUUUCACAUUUCUAUGUUAGCCUGCCAUUAUGCCACUGUGUUUCACCACUAAAAAUGACUGUACAGGACAAAAAGGACAUUCCCUGCGCAGACAGGAAAUUUAAAUAGCAUCGCCGUGGGAGCAGUUUUAGACGUACACACUGACACGAGAUGAGUUGGCUCAACACGAUUAUGUAAGAGUCUGAGACCAGCUUUAGUCUAUUUUCCCUCUUUAUUUUCCAUGGAUUUACUGUGCUUGACUCCUCAGAGGCUUGUUUUCACAUUAUUUUUGGAAGCAUUAAUCAGAAGGCAUGAAUGUCAGAGUGUGACCCCGUGCCGAGAGUGUGGGCUAGGCAAGGUGUUCUGGCUGCCCAGGUGCUUUUAAGAUGUUGAGGUCUCCCUGCGUGGCUGGGGCCCCUGUUUGGAUUAGUAGCACUGAGGCUCCUUGUAGCCAAAGACAUGGACCCCGACUCGGCUCCCCCACGCCCUCAGCCUGCUGGCCACUGGCCCCACUCUGCCCUGUAAAGGAUGUCCCUCAGCAGAGCUCCAGCCCAGGACACCUCUGAGACCCCCAGCCCGAGAGAACGUAUCCGAAGCCACAUGAAGAUGGUGAUCGACCAGCUGGAAGGCAUUCUUAAAGAGCUCAAGGAUGUGGCCAAGGAACUCCGGGAGGUGGUGGGUCAAAUUGACAAACUUACAUCAGACUUUGACUUUGACCUGGAGCCAGAUGACUGGACAGUGGCCACAGCCAGCAGCACGUCCAGCAGUGAGCGGGGUCUGGGAGAGGCUUUCAGGCUGGACUUCCUCAAUCCAGACGUGCUUUCUGACAGCUGGGAGUUCUGCAGCUACCUGGAGGCCACAGGUGCCUCGGCACGUAGACACGGUGAAAAUCCUGGAGACCUACGACAGGACCUGGGCCGGGGAACCAUCCCCACACAGACGCAGACACCCACCCUGCCCCCCGCCACUGCCUCCGUCUACUCCCAGAUGAAUGGAGGUCUGCCCAUACCCAAUGGGCCCCGCAUAAUUACGCCAGACUCAUCCAGUGAGGAGGCCAGCAGCUCUACGCACAGCCACAAGACUUCCCGCACAUCAGGCACAAGAGAAAGGGUGCGUUUCAGUGAUAAAAUCCUCUACCACGCCUUGUGCUGCGAUGACGAUGACGACGAGGAAGAGGAACCAGAGGAGCUACAAGAUGACAAAAGUGGCUGUGCGACGCCGGACAGUGACAGCGAGCCCAGUCUCCUCACCAGCUCGGUGCCCCCCAAAUGUUCUUCCUCUGAGCACCCGCUGCUCCACAAGUUUCUGGACCGCUCUUAUGUCUCCUCACCAGUGAAGGUGACAACGGGAGCUCACACGCUACCCAGAAAAGGUCUCCUAAACCCCAGCUGCCGCAAAAAACUCUUACGAAAUAGCAGCACACAAACUGUCUCUGACAAGAGCACCCAAACUGUACUACCCUAUAUUCCAACCAAACAGAAAACAAAGGAGCCCUGAGGAAGUCCCGAGUUUACCAUCACAAACAUGAAAAGUACUGUGCAUUAUUUAAUAUUAAAUAGUUCAUAGAUUAAUAUACAAAUAAAUUACUAAAUAAAUAAAUGAUAUAUGGGAAAUCACUCGACUACCUAAUGUCAUUUUGAGGCUCAGGGAAAAUACAAUGAAAUGAAGCAAAGAUAUUAUAGGUGGAUUUAAAGGUGCCUGUUCUCACGUUAAAAUGUACAUCGAAUGAAUUCCCUGUGUACAGUUGUUUGAAACGAGUACAAAAGCAGUGGUGGGCACAGUGCAGCUAAUUAGCAAAGCAAACGUUUUCGCAAGCAAUUUAUCUUUUCUG